AUGCCAUUGUUCCUGGCAACACAGCAGAGUCUGCACGCACCUGUCGAUGGACACAAAUUCAUCGACUUUUGGAGAGAGAUGACUGCACAGUGCCACGAUCUGGCUUCUAGGUUUGUUUACAUUUUAACACGCGGAAAGAGCAAUACGCUAGCUCCUGAAGACUUUGUACCUCUGGUUCAAGACGUCGUGGACACCCAUCCCGGCCUUUCGUUUCUCAAGGAAGCAACUGAGUUUCACUCAAGAUAUGUACAUACUGUGAUCGCUAGGAUAUUUUAUUGCGUAAACCGGUCAUGGUCCGGUAGGAUAUCAAUUGCAGAAUUAAAAAGAUCGAAUCUCUUACAAGUGAUACAAUUACUGGAAGAUGAAGAGGACAUUAAUCAAGUUACGCAAUAUUUCAGUUACGAGCAUUUUUACGUGAUCUACUGCAAAUUCUGGGAAUUGGACAGGGACCACGAUCUGUUCAUAGAUAAGCAUGAUUUGGCCAGGCACAAUGAUCACGCUUUAUCAAGUCGUAUGAUCGAACGGGUAUUGUCGGGGUGCGUGACGCGCGGCAACCAGAAUAGGCUGACCCCUGACGGCGAGCCGCGAAUGUCCUACACGGAGUUCGUGUGGUUUUUGCUAGCUGAGGAAGACAAAACACAUCCAACUGCAAUCGAAUAUUGGUUCAGAUGUAUGGACGUAGACGGCGACGGAUAUAUAUCAAUGUACGAGCUAGAAUACUUCUAUGAGGAACAGAUGCAACGUAUGGAGGCGAUCGGCAUCGAGACGCUGCCUUUCAACGAUUGUUUGUGUCAAAUGCUGGACAUGGUGCAUCCGGCCGAGGCAGGCAAAAUAACAUUGUCCGACUUGAAGAGAUGUAAACUCACACCAAUCUUCUUCGACACGUUCUUCAACUUGGAGAAGUAUCUCGACCACGAGCAGCGGGACCCAUUCGCCACCCAACGGGACUCUGAUUGCGAGAUGUCUGAAUGGGACAGGUUUGCAGCUGAAGAAUACGAACUGCUAGUAGCCGAAGAAGGUGGCAGCGAUGCACAGGACCAAAUCUCAUACGAUGAGACAGAUGAGGACUGUCUAUCGCCGAACAUAGAUGACGUCACGAACACCGAAGUAGCAGACGAAUCGAGCGUGGAGGAGUCCACGCUGAGCGAGGGACGGCGGGACGGCGCGACAGUGGCGCCACUCCGCCAUCCCGCCGCCGCGGCAGGGUACGUCAACCUCAGCUCCAUAUAUUCCAUCGGCGGCGAUAAAUGGGCGAACCGGACCCCCAUCAAAAACGGAUUCCCAGAAAAGAAGCUACCCGAAAAACCCGUUCCGCCCGAAAAACCGGUAAGCCUGAUGAUGGUCAAUGGCAAAACGGACAACAGGUACGCCGGGUUUGGCAACAACAGUUUCCUUUAUUCGCACUUGAUGAGCCCGCGGGCGAAAGAUCCUCCUUCUUACACGGCAGCGACGAGCGGCGCGCUCUUCGACAAAGAAAAGGCGUCAUCCCCCGUCAAGUCGAACGAUUCACCAGUCACCAGUCCCGUAAACGGAAUCAACAAGAUAUCCGACAACUAUGAAAGAGCGGUCGCGGAACGGCUCAGUCCUCAAAGAGAGAUAUCCCGUUUAAAUCGUAGCAGUCUCUUCAGCAAAGUGAACACGGGCGUGGUCGCGAGUAAAGUUAAGAAAACUAAACCCCGCCCCGACGAAGAAGACGAGGACUACGCACGGGACAGCGACGAAUGCUCCAUUUAG